CUUGACAGUCACUGUUAGUGCUGCAAAACUCAAAGCUAAGCAAAAUCAGUCAACAUGGUCGCGUGGUCAGAUGCCGAGCGCAGCGCCAUUACAGGUGUCUGGGGCAAACUCAGUGUCGAUGAAAUCGGACCCCAGGCUCUGGCAAGAGUGCUAAUCGUCUACCCCUGGACUCAGCGUUAUUUCAGUAAAUUUGGGGAUUUGAGCAGCGUAGCUGCUAUUAGUGGAAACCCUAAGGUUGCUGCACAUGGCAAAGUUGUGCUGAACGCUAUGGAGAAGGCAGUGAAAAACCUGGACCACAUCAAAGCCACCUACUCCAGUCUGAGCCAGCUCCACUGUGAGAAACUGAACGUGGACCCCGAUAACUUCAGGCUGUUGGGCGAUUGUCUCACUAUCGUGAUUGCGGCCAAAUUGGGAGCAGCUUUCACCCCUGAAGUUCAGGCUGCAUGGCAUAAGUUUUUGGCAGUUGUGGUCGCCGCUCUGAGCAGCCGCUACUUCUAAACUUCCCACCAAUACAGCAUCUGGCAUUACUUCGCAUUUAAUGGAUUUACAUUACAUGAAUGAAACCAAUAAAUUUUAAGUGAUGUAGCAAAUAA